CGCAAUUUGUGGAUUGCUCUUGCUAAUAUUUCAAUUUAGACAUCUUUUGAAUAAGCGUACACCGCGCAUAAUUGUGGCAACUGAACGCACUUCAAUAAAUUAUCACUUGGGCGCGGUUUUACCAACUAAAAACAACAAAAUCGUGUAAAUCAACAGCAUAAUGGAGGGAACUGAACAGAAUUCAAUUUUCGCACGUCUGAACGCUCGCUACGGGAAUCUAACUUCACCGUCCCCGCGUGACGUGACCAACGUGCGUAAGGCGUAGAACAUGUCCCUGGCUCAAAGGCGAUUGAAGAAUGCCGUCAAGGAAUACGUGGAGGUGGACGUCAACAACAAUGUGGAGUUAUUCGAGCAGCAGAAUAUCAAUCCGAAUAUGGAAACCAAGAAAACCAUUGUCAAGAUAUGCAUAUGCGACCGUCCAAUGAAGCUCCUCGAGUGUGGCCGCUGCCACCAGUCCUUCCGUGGACGCAUUGCCGCCAAAUGCGAGAAGCAUCCAGCGGAGGCGUUCCUGAUGGACUUUCGCGAGUGUCCCUACUGUAUGGCGAACCGUGACGUCGAACUAGCUGAUGAUGAUCAAUAAGCCGAGUUUGAUACU